AUGAAGAGCAGGGUGACACAAGUAAAUCAUGGUUCCACUUCUGAAAAGAAGGAAAGCUACAGUUCACGCCAGCGAAGUUUGUCUCCAGAGGAGAGGGAUAUAGAGCGUGACAGGUCUCCAUCUCCCAGAAAGAGAAGGUACUCCGAUGAUAGCAGAUAUGAGGAAUAUUCAAGAAGGGAUUACUAUGAUGACAGAAUUUCAGAAGGAAGAAGGAUGGAAAGAGGGCGAGAGAGGUACUAUGAGAAGUGGGAGGAGAGAGAAUCUGAUCGAAGGAAGCGGAGAAGAUACUCAUCACCUGAUCGUAGGAGUCCAGAGAGGUCAGCAGUCCAGAACUCAUUUGCUCAUGAUGAGGCCACUUCAAAGAAGAAGAAAGAAGAAGUGGAUCCAAUCCUUACUCGCACAGGUGGUGCUUAUAUUCCACCUGCCAAGCUCAGGAUGAUGCAAGAGCAAAUCACAGAUAAGAAUAGCUUGGCAUAUCAGAGAAUGAGUUGGGAAGCCCUGAAGAAGUCGAUCAAUGGUCUUGUCAAUAAAGUGAAUGUUUCUAAUAUAGAAAAUAUAAUUCAUGAGCUACUUCAGGAAAAUAUUGUUCGGGGAAGGGGAUUGUUAUCUAGAUCCAUUUUGCAAGCUCAGAGUGCCUCUCCAAUUUUUACCCAUGUUUAUGCAGCUCUUGUGGCAAUUAUCAAUUCAAAGUUUCCAAAUAUUGGUGAAUUGAUUCUCAAGAGGUUGAUAUUAAAUUUUCGCAAAGGAUAUCGCAGAAAUGAUAAGCAACUCUGUCUAACAUCUUCCAAGUUUGUUGCACAUUUGAUGAAUCAGAAUGUGGCUCAUGAGGUUUUAUGUUUGGAAAUGCUCACUUUGCUUCUUGAAAGGCCUACUGAUGACAGUAUUGAAGUUGCAAUUGGAUUUAUUAAAGAGAGUGGGCUCAAAUUAACAGAAGUUUCCCCUAGAGGUAUUAAUGCAAUCUUUGACCGUCUUCGACACAUUCUGCAUGAAUCUAAAAUCGAUAUGCGUGUUCAGUAUAUGAUAGAAGUCAUGUUUGCUGUACGGAAGGAUGGCUUCAAGGAUCAUCCAGUAAUCCCAGAGGGAUUAGAUCUAGUGGAAGAGGAAGAUCAGUUUACUCAUAUGUUGCCAUUAGAAGAUGACUACAACCCAGAGGAUGUUCUUAAUGUUUUCAAGAUGGAUCCAAACUUUAUGGAAAACGAAGAGAAAUACAAAACACUGAAGAAGGAAAUUCUUGAUGAAGGUGACAGUGAAUCUGAAGGAGAUCAAGAGGCUGGAAGUAGUGGUGAAGAUGAAGAAGAAGAUGAUGAAGAGGAGGAUGAAGAUGGGCAGAAAGUUACUGUCCAUGACAAAACAGAAAUUAACCUGGUCUCCUUCCGUCGUACAAUUUAUCUUGCUAUUCAGUCAAGCUUAGACUUUGAAGAAUGUGCUCACAAAUUGCUGAAGAUGGACUUUCCCGAAAGUCAGACUAAAGAACUCUGCAAUAUGAUACUUGACUGCUGUGCUCAGCAAAGAACAUAUGAGAAAUUCUUUGGCUUACUGGCAGGGCGUUUCUGCAUGUUAAAAAAAGAGUAUAUGGAAUCCUUUGAAGCUAUUUUCAAAGAACAAUACGAUACCAUUCAUCGUUUGGAAACGAACAAACUGAGGAAUGUUGCCAAGAUGUUUGCUCAUCUACUGUACACCGAUUCAAUUCCCUGGAGUGUCCUUGAAUGUAUAAUACUGAGUGAAGAAACCACCACAUCCUCCAGUAGAAUAUUUGUGAAAAUAUUCUUUCAGGAGCUCAGCGAAUACAUGGGACUUCCUAAUCUAAACGCAAGAUUAAAGGAUGAAACAUUGCAGACUUUCUUUGAGGGAUUAUUGCCUCGGGAUAACCCAAGAAACACUCGUUUUGCCAUCAAUUUCUUCACCUCUAUUGGCCUUGGAGGACUAACAGAUGAAUUACGGGAACAUCUUAAAAAUGCACCAAAGAUGAUAAUGACACAGAAACAAGAUGUUGAGUCAUCAGAUUCCUCUUCAUCUUCAGAGACAGACUCUUCCUCAGAUUCUGAUUCUGACAGCAGCAGUAGUAGCUCAGAGUCAUCCAGCAGCAGUGACUCUUCAUCUAGCAGUGACAACAGCAGUGACUCAGAUGUUUCUAAAGCCAAAAGAAAGAGAAUGCAAAAGAAAAAAAGAGAAUCUGAUAAAGUUUCCAGGAAAAAGCAUGAAAGGAAAAGGAAAUCACUAGAAAAGAAAAUGGGAAGGAGGCAGCAAGAGGAAAGAAGUGAUACUGAGAGCAAAUCAGAAAGAAAUCACCGAAAUCUGAGAGAAUCACACAGGAGAGAUGACGUAUCAAAAUAUCAUCACAGAGACGACUCCAAUGGCAGAGACGGUUAUUAUAGUGGAAAGGAUAGGAACAAUGAAAGAAAUAAGGAUCUAGACAAUAAACACAGUAAUUCAAAACCAAAGAGAACGGAGAGAAGAGCUUCUGUGUCUGAUGAUGAAAACUACAGACGCUGGAGCAAAGAUAAUGGACAUCGCAGUAGAAAAAGAGAAAGAUCAAUAUCUGGAGAUAGAGCCCAUAAUAAUUCGAGUCCAAGAGAAGAGGAACAAGAACACCGAUACAGAAAUGGUUCAGAGAAACACCGAGACAAGUACACCCGUUAUUCUGACCAGUACAGAGAAUCUAGAAAGAACGAGGACAGACGAAGGGAGAAUUCCCCACACGGACGGAAAUAA